AUGCCCGCUAUCGAGCCAACAGCGUCCCAAGGGACACUCCCAGAAGGGGAGCUCCCCUUCCCUCCCGUCACGAGGGACCAUAUCCUCCAUUGCGCCUACGACUACUGGUUUCCAAAAUAUCGCGCUUCCUGCAUUCGCUCCCGCAUCAUCCCCUUAACACCUGACUUCAUCUCUUGGCUGCACGAGGACGGCAUCAUUCUCGCCGACGAGGGUAGCAGCAAGGACGACACUGACACAGCCGAUUCCGAUGACGACGACGAUUGGGAGCCAUCCUUUCCGGCCUCCGCUCACCCACGACGCCGCCGCGAGGACGGCGAACCUGACACCGAGUCAGACUCAGACUCUGACGAGCCUGCGUCCGCUCCCCGCCUGCCUCCCGACAUCCGCUUCCCGAUUCUCCACGCAGAAAUCACCUCCGCCAUCUCCUCCCUCGGCGGCGCCGUCGCCCCCAAACUGAACUGGUCCUCACCCAAAGACGCUACCUGGAUCUCGCGACAUCCCAACACGAUGAAAUGCACCUCGGCCAACGACAUUUACAUUCUCCUCAAGUCCUCCUCCUUCAUAUCCCACGACCUGGACCACGCCUUCGACGACACCGUCCCAGCCCCUACCUCAGGGGAUUACAACCCCGUGCUCGUCCUCCGAUCCUUCUUCAACCCACUUCCGAGCCUCGAAUUCCGCUGCUUCGUCAAGUCCCGCAGCCUCAUCGCCAUUACCCAGCGCGAUCUCAACUAUUACGCCUUUCUCGACUCGCUGCGCCCGCAAAUCAUUCACCGCACCAUCGAGCUCUUCAACAAGAUGCGCUUCACCUUUCCCGACGGCAACUUUGUCUUUGACGUGUACAUCCCCGAGGCCGAUUACGAUGACGAGGGCGACGACAACGACGACAACGGCGGAGAAGAGCGCAAGGUGCUGGGCCGGGCAAGGCUGAUCGACAUCAACCCCUGGGCGCCGCGGACGGAUACCCUGCUCUUUGACUGGGGCGAGUUGCUGGCGAAGACGGUUGCUCGGCCACUGCUGGGGUUUGCGUCGGACAUGCAGGAGGGGCAAGGGGGAGAAGGGGAGGAGGGGUUGACCACGGACGACGACGAGGAGGAGGACGAGGAGGAACCCGAGCUGAGGUUGGUGGAGCACGACGACCCGGCUGCGUAUAACUUUAGUUCCCCGCAGUACUCUGCUCACAAGCUGCCCAAGGAUGUCGUGGAUGCGAGCUUGGCAGGGGAGGGCGGGAUCAGAGAGUUUGCGCAGCACUGGCAGAGGAUAACUGAGCGGAGGGAAAGAAGGUGA